GCCCCAACCUCCAAGUCAUCCUUCCCUUUCAUCCCCACCACCCCUCACAGCCCUCUCUCCUUCCGCCCCCCUCCUCCCCCGUCCCGCAAGAGGUGAUGUUCAACAACCCGCGCCCGCGCCGGGCGCGCGACAGCACGGCGCCUCGUCAGUCGUCCUUCCCCUCCGAGACGCCUGCUCGCAGCGUCCGCCCGCGCACAACGAUACCCUCACCAACGCGCGAGGUCCAGUAUGAGGCGGCCGAUUACCGCGUCAUUUGGUCCCGCGACGCGCGGCAUAGUGUGACGGCGGCGGGCGCUCUGCCCGCCGAGGUCGCGCGCCAGGUCGAGAACGCCGACUUUAUCCUGCACACCGUCGCGGCGCAGCUGGACCCCGUGAGCGGGUUCGCGCUCGUCUCGGGCCCCGAAGCAUGUCUCGCGUGGAAGCACACGAAGCAGGCGAGCAACCCCACCGUGUCCGUCUUCCCUGCGCCGCAGCCGACGCGGUCACACAUGGCCACCGUGCCGCCCGCCCUCGCCGCCUUCUAUGGAUCGACGGAGCCCGGGCUCAUCCUCGUCAGCGCGACGGGCGAGGUGCGGUUUUGGGAGAGCAUGGGACUCGCGCUGCACAACGUCCAGCGCUUCCAGAGUCUUCAGCUCGACCUGGGGCUCGACUUCGCCGAGGGCCUGUGGAAGCUCGACGACUCCAACUUCGUCGUCACGACUACUGCCUCCACCGCCUUCCGGCUCAGUAUUGUGCACGAGGGCGGGCGCCUUGUUCCCAAGGCGACGCCGUUCACCCGCUCCAGCGGCAUGAGCAUAUUCGCGCGUCAGAGCGCCGCCAUCUUCAAUGACACCGCGGAGCGUAACGGCAUCGUCGCGGCCGCUCCUGCGCAGGGAGGAUGCUUCCUUCUCGGCCGCAGCACCCUGCAGAAGUGGACGUUGGGGCUCGAUGGGAGCGUGCGCCUCGGAUGGGAGAUCGACCUGCGUGAGAGCAUUGGCUCGCUCCUCCUCAACGCGGACGGCGCGUGGACCUCAGGCAACAUGCUGCUCAUGUUCAACGACCUUGUCGCCGUCUCAGCGCAGAAGCAUGCCGCGCUCGUCAGCUAUCACCGCCAGGAUGGAGCCAGCGGUGAUCGCAAGCAGGCACAGCACGCCAUCAUCGUCUUCGAGAACCCCGACGCGCGCACAUUCACCGUGGACAACAGCGUCUACCUCUCGUAUCUCGCACACGCCGACCCGCGUAUGCUCGAUGUCCCGCGCCUCUUCAUUCCGCGCGGCUCGCAGACCGCCUUUGUCCGCUUCGCUGAUGCCAUCCUUAUGACAUCCCUGUCGAGCAUCCCAUACGAGGAUGUCAUCACUCUUCGCGAUUCUGGGCGCAACGUCUUCAUAGGCGUCGCUCCGACUGCGACUGGGCAUGCUGCCUCCAGCAUUGUCGCCAUGGCAUCGCUCGGCGGCCUUAUGACAAUCGAGGUGCACGAGGGCGUGGCGCAAGCGCGCAAGAUGACACCCGCGGCGAGUGCUACUGCACGUCUCAAGAACAAACUCGAGCAGGCCGUCAUGUUUGGCGCCAAUCGCGAGAACCCCCUUACCUUCGACCUUCCCCCUGGCUUCCAGGGCGACCUCCCUGCCGCAGCGGAGGAAGUGUCCGCUGAGGUCGUGUCGAAUAGCGCCGCGUUCAUGACUCCCGUUAGCGAGACGCGCCAAUCGCUCAUGGACCGCCUCGCCAAGUUGCGUGAGCUCAUGCUCUUUAUCCGCCACAACGGUGUGCUCAGCUUGUUCCCGUCCUCAUCUCGCCGUCGUCUGUCGGCGCAUGCUGAGAAGGUCCAGACGGCCCUCGAGCUGUGGGAUUACCAGAACCGCGUUAUGGACAAGCUUAAUACCCGCUCGCCACAGAGUCUCCUCGCCAACAGCAUUCAGACCCUCAUGGGCCAGCUUGGUGAUACCGAGGAGGACUUUGUCCGCGCCUUCUUCCGGCGGCACAUCCUGGAUCUCGACCGCCUCCUUGACACCGUCUUCUUCACUUUCAAGGCAGCCAUUGACGGACAACCAGCGGGCUCUGACGUAUCCGCCUGGGUCUUGGAGGCGAACCGUAUCUUCACCAUCGCCCUCCGCGCUUCAGACGCGUGGCGCAUGAACGAGAUGGAGUUGUACGCGAUCGACGCAAGCCGUGCCACGGUCGAUCUGUGGACGGCGUCCGACUCGCUUCUCAACGACAUGGACUCGUUGUAUGGGUUUACUCGCAAGGCCAUCCAGGAUCGUACGCGGCGGAUUGGGACCAUCGUCGAUGAGGAGUCCGGCAGCUCCACGGGUAGCAUCGCGCUUCAACAGAAGGAGCAGGCAGAGCUCAAGACGCAGAUGACGACGCUUGCGGAGGGAUUGUGCGAAAACGUCGUGGACAGGUUGCUCGUCGCUGAGAACCGCGCAUCGGGCAAGAGCGAGGAUACGGCGGAGACACGCGAUGUGCUCAUUCUUCAGCAAAGAUGGGAGGAGCUCAAGCCCCGCGUCAUCCGGCCUCUUGAACAGAUUGGAGACCUUAGUGCGGCCUACGGGCUUGCAGAGCAGUUCCAUGACUACAAGACGCUCGUAUAUCUGUGCGAGAAGAGUGGCGACAGCGGUCGCUCCCAAGUGUAUAUCGAGCGCUUUGGCAACGACUUCGCCUUCGAAUUGUACCAGUGGUACAUUGACCAACGGCAAUACUACGACCUGCUGGCGCAGGACGAGGUUUACGGCGCGCGCCUGACGGCCUUCUUCGCGGAGCGCCCACACCCCGAGCUCAGCUGGAUGCACGAUAUCGCGAGCAAGCGGUAUGGUGCGGCUGCGGCCUCAUUGGCCGUCGUAGACGGGCAGACGGCCGCACUGGCGGAGAAGCAGCUCGUGUCGUCAAUCGCCAAGCUCGCCGCAGUCGCCGAGUUCAAGGUGUCCGGCAGCGGCUCGCACGCCGUGAGCCGCAUCGACGACCAGCUGGACAACAUUGCUUUGCAGCGAGCGUUGGCGGACGAUCUUGCAGACGACGUGGUUCCCGCUGCCCUCGACGACAGGCCAGCGCUCACCCGCAUCCUCGAGAACGGAGUGGACGCGCUGCGUGCUGGCGACGCCCUCUCUACCGAAGACCUGGUCGACGUGCUCACCCUCAAAGCCAGUGACCGCGGCGGGGACGGUGCACUCGCGAUCGAAAGUCUGCAGCGUGACGACACGCUGCCCGCCGGCCGGGCGGCUGCGGCACUCAAGAGCACAUGGCGCCGCAUCUACAUCCGUGACGACUGGGCCAAGCUGGCCAACACCGCGGGGCGCAGCGAGGAGGACCUGCGCGCUGGCCUGCGGCGCACAUGGGCCUACGCUACGCUCUCUGCGCUGCAGAGCAAAUCCGUGGCGGAGAAGUACGUCCUCUCGCCCGCGCAGGCGGUCGGUACGCCGAGCGAGGCUGAGAUCACCGCCCGCUUCCCCGCGUACUCGGGCGACGAGGUCGCCGCGCUCAUGCAGGACCACGAGGCGGAGGUGCGUGUCCUGCUCAAGCUCGUUGAGGCAGGGCUCGAGGAGCAGGUGCAGGGCGUGCGGCAGCUCGCCGUCGCCGACGCGGAGGCGCAGGAGGAUGGCGACGUAACGAUGGGGUGAAUAGACGAGAUGUAACUGUGCACAUUGGG